AAACAGGUGCACAGCUUUGCCGUAGCCAUGCAGCCACUUUGAGGUGGCAGCUCCACCUCCUUUGCCUUAUUUACAGAGCGGACCAUAUGCUAGAUCUAAAAGGAGCAACCAUUCAAAAAAUGAUCCUGCUGCUGGAGGGGACUUGGGAGAGCAGCGGCUGAUGCGAGCCGGAGCAAUGUGGCAGCUGCUGUGCAUAAAAGUGAUGGAGCCGAGGGGCAGCAGGGCUCAGCAUGAAGUCGAGCGGGGGUGCUGCAUCCGACCUGGAGGAGCUGGAGAGCGGCAGCAGCGAAAGCAGUUCAGGGACCUCCCUGCCGUCCACCGGAGCCCAGGGCAAGCGCAAGCGCAAGAGCCCCCGGUUGAGCGGCCUGAGCAAGCAGAGGCAAGCGGCCAACGCCCGGGAGAGGGACCGGACCCACAGCGUGAACACGGCCUUCAGCGCACUCCGCACACUCAUCCCCACCGAGCCUGCGGAUCGUAAGCUGUCCAAGAUAGAGACCUUGCGCCUGGCCUCGAGCUACAUCUCCCACCUGGCUAACAUGCUGCUCUUACAGCAGCAACAGCAGCAAAGCGAGAGCUUGGCAGACGAACCAGUGCCGGCGAGGCAGCCCUGCCUGCAAUACCAGCCUCUCCAGCAGGGCGGCGGCACUGCCGCCACACCCAGACCAAUCUGCACCUUCUGUCUGAGCAACCAGCGGAAAUUGCACAGAGAAAGGGAGAAACACUUGUCUCUUUAAAAGCUUUCUGGACGUUGAUUCAGAUGAGAAGCGAGCACAAAUGCUGGACUGGUUGUAGAACAGUUGUCGGUAACGUCUUUGCACUUUUACAUUGAAAUUGUGCAAUUAUAUAAAACUAGAGAAGAAAAGUAACCCUGAUUUGCACUUUGUUUUCCAUUGCAGCAGGCUUAUUCAAGGGGCUUUUUGCAGAUGAAAUUGAACACGGUGGGGAAAGUUGCACCUGGUGUGGCAGCUAUUUUCGUGCAAGAAAUGCUAAACCUAAGCAGCCAAGCCCUGAUACUGAUGCCUUCUAAAACCUAUGUCACAUGAUGGAACUUGAGCUUUCAAACACCCAGUGUCUCUUCUUAAUGGGAGAGUCUCAUAAUGCAACAGACCCAGUGCCUCUAACCACUGCUGGACAGACUGAGCAAUGUCACGCUUCUCUCUCUCUCUCUCUUUCUUUCUUUCUUUCUUUCUCUCUCUCUCUUUUCCAGUCAAAUUCUCAUGUGCCUCUGCUAGCAAAUUCAAGGAUUUCCGCUGACAAGGAAUAGUAAAGGUUUGUAUGCAAUUCACAGGAAAUGGACGCGCUUCAGAUCCCCUUUUC